AUGAGUACGGAAACUGACACGGCUGAGCUUAUACGAGAGAUAAGACAAGGUCGAAGACAUUACGAGCCUGGAAACAACGCUGUGCAGCCUCAAACGGAGAAGCAGAUUCCGGUUAUAGAUAUUGGCAAGGAAAAUGAGGUAACCCAGAAACAAAAAGACACGCAGCCAGUGAAUGCUAGUGAAAAAUCUAGUGAUUUAGAUCCAGAGAUCUUAAAAAUCAUUGGUGAAACACCUUCAACAGAACCAGAGGGUUUAAAGUUAUCCAACCACAUCUCCGAUCGCUGGAAAAACUGGUUAAAAACCGGACAGACAAAAGAAGCAAAAGAACUUUUACUCAAAAAAUACCCUAGAAAGGGUGAAUGUUCUCUGGAGGCUCCAAAAUUGAAUCCCGAAAUUGCGGCGUCCCUCAAUGAAGGUUCUUUGAAGAGAGAUAAAUAUUUCUCAAAUACCCAGAACCUUGCUGGGUCAGCAUUAUCAGCACUAAGUUUAGUCAUCGAUCCUAUUCUCACGAAGAAAAGAGAAGAAAUUGAUGUAAAAAAGAUGCUGGAAAACUUAUGGGAAUCAUCACGAAUCUUAACUGAACUGUUUCGGGGCCAGACGGUGGCUAGGAAAGCCUGUAUUCUUCCUAGUCUGAAUAAACAGACUGCUUCACUCCUAGACAAAACUGAAACAGGCAAAUUUUUAUUUGGCGAAAAAUUAGGGGAAAAGAUUAAAGAAUCUAAAGUGAUUGAUAAAAUAAGCACUGACAUCAAGUCCCAAUUACCUUUAAAGAAACCAGGGACGAGACUUACUGAUAAAAAGCGGGAAACAAUUCUGUGCCAUAUAAACACACUAUUGAAAAAACAAGAAUGUAAAAUAAGAUUUUUGGCACAAGUAAUUGGAACGUUAACAGCUGCUUGUCCAGCCGUAGAGUAUGAAAGAGACAGAAGAUAG